AUGUAUAAAAGCCGUAAAUAUAAAGGUUACAAGAGUAGUGUUGGUUCAUAUUUCAAAGGUUCAUGCAGCAAAUAUAAAACGAUGCGACAGAUUAUAAUAUUGGCCAGUUUGGUGGCUUGCUGCGUUGCGGCUCCUACAUCACAACAAACUUCUACGGCAGUUAAAGGCAACGAUUUACCGUUGGAGCGUCCUAGUCCUAUUAAUCCCGAUAUACCCAGUGAUCCUAAGCCUGCUGAGAAGAUCACCAAGAUCACCGACCCGAGCGAGAUUGUGAAACAUAAGCGUGAAGCUGAGGAUAAACCUUAUGAUCAUAUAACACGUUUUGCGCCAACUGCGCUACCUGUCAGACAAAACGAAAAUAAAUAUUCACAAGAGUCAAGCGAGCACAGUUUGGAGGCUGAUUCUACUCAUCAUCGUCAAAAGCGAGAAAAGGGGCAAAAGAAAGAAAAGAGAAAGUCUGGGCCUACACCUGUAUCAUCCCGCAAGACCCAUCCUGGCCCAGCGCCUGCUCGCGAUUUACCCAAAUCUCGCCAACGUCGUCAAGUAGAUCCCCAUCUAAUUGGAGCAUCUACAGUACCAGUGGCACCACUUCUUUAUAGUGAUGAAAAAAAUAAAUCAACUGAAGAAGAGGUUCAACAUGAAACAAAUUCUGAAGAUCCAGUUGUAUCAGAAGUUGGUGACCACACUGAAGCUCACGAAUCAGAGAGCGCACAUGUAGCAACGCCAGUUAAACGAGAUAUACCAGUUUCAUUAGUGCCAAAAUAUCACCAUCCUGAGGAGUCACCAAAGAGUGGUGACAAGACAGAGAAAAAAGAGAAAAAUAGUAGUGAGGAGGAUAAUGAGUCAAAAGAAAGUAGUGAAAGUAAAGAAAGCCAUGCAGACUCUAAGGAAAAGAAACCAAUGAUCCAAUCACAAAAUCUGCCCAUAGAUCAUCAGCAAGAUCCACAUAUCCCGGCACAAGCUUCACACACCACAAUUAACAAAGAAAAGUUAGAAGAACACACUACACCAGUUUUAGAGCAAAGCAAACCUGCUGAGGUACAAAACAUUACAUCUGCUAUAGAGCAUAUAAAUGAACCACUUGUGGAACAGCUAGCCGGCGUUUUGCCAACUGAAGUCAUCGCGUAUGAAACUCCUGCUGGCAAAGAGACUGUCACUAUUAAACAUCCCAUACCUGUUGCUGAGUUGUUUCCAACUCAUAAGCCGGCAUAGACUCMCCUGGMUCGCUAAAUUUGGAAAUUAUAACAUCAUUUUUCUGUUUCAUUCCUAACUUGCACUUUAGUUGUUAAAACAUGUUUUUACACUUUAAAAUAACACAUUUUGUUAAUACACGAUUAUAAAUAAAACACUUAUUUAACGAAUA